GGGGUCCUGGGGCUGACCCUGCUCGGGGCACUGCAUGCCCAGGACACCGUUCCCGUGCAAACCGACUUCCAGCAGGACAAGCUCACAGGGACAUGGUACAGCAUCGGCCUGGCCUCCAACUCCAACUGGUUCAAGGAGAAGAAGCAUCUGAUGAAGAUGUGCACCACGGUCAUCUCCGUCACUGCAGAUGGGAACCUGGAGGUCACCUCCACCUACCCUAAGGGUGACCAGUGUGAGAAGAGGAACAGCCUUUACACCAAGACGGAGCAACCUACAGCAGCCCACGGGAUGCUCUCCCUAUUUCCCGCAGGCUGGGGCAGCAAACACGACAUUCGUGUGGUGGAGACCAACUACGAGGAGUACGCCUUGGUGGCCACCCAGAUCUCCAAGAGCACCGGCACUUCAACCAUGGUGCUGCUCUACA